AUUGAGGCAAAGAGUUAAACUCUCCUUAGAGAUUGAGAAAGAGGGAGGAGGACUUGGAGAAUCGAUUUAAAAGCAGCUGAAAUCAGGUGGACGUUUAACUAUCCGACCAUAGGUGCCUCGAUGCAACAUUCAGUGUUGUGUGAAAAUGUUGCAUCCCCUCUUAUGGCUGAAGGGUUGGCAGUUCGAGUGGCCAUCACUGCAGCGCUUGCAGCAGAUAUUUGUAGAACGUGGGAGGUUCCAUCGACAAAGCUUUCGGACGAAGGUGGUGUUUCUGAGAACAGAACGAGAAAACCGAUACUUCAGUCUCCCUCUCAACGGAAACCUCAACGUUCAGCAACCUUUUCGUUCUCAUCUAUCGCCACGACACCAAAGAAAGAACAAGAUAAGCGAGCAGUAUCACCACAUCGGUUUCCGCUUCUAAGAUCUGGUUCGGUUGCUAUCCGGCCAUCAUCAAUCAGCCGGCCAACUACCCCGAGCAAGAGUAGAGUGGUAUCUCCAAUGCCUAAACGGGAAGACCAAACCCUCGAGAAUAAUUCCACUACGGAAAUAUCACUCCAACAAAAUCGAUUGUUUUCUCAACUCAGCUCUUUGAUUAAAGGAGCACAAAGUUCCCACCUGCCAAAUUUGGUUGGCCGUGCUCAAAUUCAAUGCAAGAGUUGCGUAGAUGGUAACUUCGACAUUGAUCAGAGUCUCGGAGACGCGAUUCACAAGGAAGCUAAGACUACCACAUGAGUUGCGUGUCGUAGCAACUCACGGAAGAUGUAUAGGCCUGGCAUUGGCCACUUGAGUUGGUGAUUACGACGAGCUCUUGCGUCCCAACCAUAUGAGUACUACUUGGGUUAAGUCCACUAGCAAUCCAAGAAGAAGAAGGGGUUCCAUGGUGGCAAAAGGAGAUGGAAACGGUACUGUUUGUUUGUUGUAUGUCCAGUGUUUAGAAUUUCAU